CCAACACAGAAAUCACGCGUGCAGUCCUAUCAGUGAGAUCGCGGAGGAACGUAAGAAAGUUUUUCGAAGUGAACUUGAUCUCUUGACUAGAAAAAUGAAAAUUCUAGAACAUGCCAAAUUUGAAUGCAGUCACCAGGCUGAGCACAUAUGUCACCAGGUCUGUCACACAGAGAACUCCAUCAAAAAGGACUUUUAAGCAUCUUCACCAGCUUUUAUAUGAUGAAGAAAAAGCCAUGCUUGCUGCACUGAGGAAGGAAAAGAACCAGAAAACACAGCUCAUGAAAAGCAAAAUGGAAAAGAUUAAUGAAGAAUUAUUUUCUCUGCCAAAAACUAUCAAAGAACUGAGAGGUAAAUUGGAUAGUGGGGACGUCCAGUUUCUUCAGAGCUUCAAGGACAUGUUGGAGAGAGCCCAGAACAUGAACCAAGAAACAGAAACAGUUCGAGGAGGGCUUAUUGAUACCGCACAAUACCUGGGCAAUUUGAAGUUCACAGUGUGGUCGAAAAUAAGAGAGGCUAUCAGUUACACUCCUGUGGUGCUCGACCCAAACACUGCUAACUCUCAGCUUAUACUCUCUGAAGAUCUGACAUGUGUGAGGGACCAAGAUGAGCAAGAAGAGGAAGACAUAGUUGGAGUGCAGCUUCCUGAUAACCCGGAGAGGUUUGAUAGGUGUCCCUGUGUUCUGGGCUCUGUGGGCUAUUCCUCAGGGAUACACAUAUGGGAUGUGGAUGUGGGAGACAGCACUUUCUGGAUUCUGGGUGUCACUACAGAGUCAGCCAAGAGAAAAGGAACCAACAGCUUGCCCAGUGAGGUCUGGUGCAUCGGCUAUGACAGCAACACACUCAGUUUGAAGGCUCCUCGGGAGUCAUGCACCUCUCUCAUUUGGUGUGAGAAACCAAAGCAAGUGAGAGUGAAACUCGAUUUAGAUGAAGGACAGAUUUCAUUUUCAGAUCCUCGGCAAAACACACUAUCACACAUUCACAACCAGAUACACAGAGAAGUUCUUUCCAUUCUUCUUUAG